AUGUCUGCUGAGAGAGAGGCAGCAGAGGCGGCCACCGUGGUGGUGGCGGCCGAGACAGGGGCCGGGGAAGAUGCUUCCUCGCAGCCCCCAAAAGCCGAGUCAGCGGGCGACUCCAAGCCGCCCGCUGCUCAGGAGGGGGCUGCCGCCGCCUCGCCGCCACCGAUGCGCUGUCUGGUGCUCACCGGCUUCGGCGGCUACGACAAGGUGAAGCUGCAGAGCCGACCGGCCGCACCCCCGGCCCCUGGCCCCGGCCAGCUGACACUGCGCGUCCGAGCCUGCGGGCUCAACUUCGCUGACCUUAUGGCCCGGCAGGGACUGUAUGACCGACUGCCGCCGCUGCCUGUCACCCCGGGCAUGGAGGGCGCGGGCGUCGUGACCGCCGUGGGUGAGGGAGUCACCGACCGCAAGGAAGGGGACCGGGUGAUGGUAUUGAUCCGGUCGGGGAUGUGGCAGGAGGAGGUGACUGUCCCCUCAACCCAGACCUUCCUCAUGCCUGAGGCCAUGACCUUUGAGGAAGCUGCUGCCUUGCUGGUCAAUUACAUCACAGCCUACAUGAUUCUCUUUGACUUCGGCAAUCUGCGACCUGGCCACAGCGUCUUGGUACACAUGGCCGCAGGGGGUGUUGGUAUGGCAGCUUUGCAGCUGUGCCGUACGGUGGAGAACGUGACUGUAUUCGGAACAGCCUCGGCCAGCAAGCACGAGGUACUAAAGGAGAAUGGGGUCACACACUCCAUCGACUAUCACACGAGUGACUAUGUGGAUGAAAUCAAGAAGGUCUCUCCUAAAGGUGUGGAUAUCGUCAUGGACCCCCUGGGUGGGUCAGACACCGCUAAGGGCUACAACCUCCUCAAACCCAUGGGCAAAGUCAUCACCUAUGGAAUGGCCAACAUGCUAACGGGCCCCAAGCGGAAUCUGAUGGCCCUGGCCCGCACCUGGUGGAAUCAGUUCAGCGUGACGGCCCUGCAGCUGCUGCAGGCCAAUCGGGCUGUGUGUGGCUUCCACCUGGGCUACCUGGAGGGCGAGGUGGAGCUGGUCAGUAGUGUGGUGGCCCGCCUGCUGGCUCUGUACAACCAGGGCCGCAUCAAGCCCCACAUCGACUCGGUCUGGCCCUUUGAGAAGGUGGCUGAUGCCAUGAAGCAGAUGCAGGAGAAGAGGAAUGUGGGCAAAGUCCUCCUGGUGCCCGGACCAGAGAAGGAGAACUAGGGCAAGGGUCUGGGGGACCCUUAGGACCCAGGAAGGAAGAAGUUGGGAAGUCACAUUCUGUGGACCACCAGUCUCCAGUCUCGCCUUUCAUCCUGUCAUAACGCUCUGCCCUCCCUCCCCCGAAGGUCUUCUUGGUGAUGACCUCU